AAUUAUCAUGAUAAAUAUCCAAGAUGGCGUCUUGUUAGAAAAUGAUAUAAAUUGUUGACUUUUCUAUAGAAAAGAAAAUUUGUAAAGCUAAAAUGAGUUAUGAAUUGUAUCGUAAUACGACUUUGGGGAAUAGUUUACAGGAAAGCUUAGAUGAAUUAAUACAGUCACAGCAAAUAAAUCCUCAACUUGCUCUGCAAGUGUUGCAACAGUUCGACAAAGCCAUAAAUCAUGCACUUUCGUCACAAAAAAGUCGAGCCUCUUUUAAGGGACAUUUAAAGGUUUAUCGCUUUUGUGAUAAUGUUUGGACAUUUGUCUUAAACAAAGUUGAAUUUAAGGAUCUGCCAGAAACAGUACAGGUUGAUAAAGUUAAAGUGGUUGCUUGUGAUGGAAGGGGUUCACCAGAAACACAAUCCUAAAUCAUAUUCCCUCAAGCGAUGUAGCAUUCCUCUAUUGUAGAAAUUUAACAUAGUCUUAAAAUUAACCUUGUACAUCUUUCAUAGAAGAAAUAGUAAAAACGGCAUUGCUUUUUGUUCAUUUUAA